AUUAAUGCCUACGAGUUGUUGAAACCUAUAUUUAGAUUCUGUGUCAGAAAAAUGAAUUUCCAAAUUUUCAAAGGAAUACAGUGAUUGUGUUAUUUUUCUUUUUUUUUGGAGGAAAACAAAAAUUUUCCAACUAAAUAAUUUUCAAUUUAUCAAUAGAAAUUAUUUCCAAAAUCUUAUCAACAAAAAGUAUAACAAUUAUAACCUCCAUAAUCAAGGACCUUUUUAAUUAUUUUAAAUCAUUUUCUCAGGGACAUAAAGUGUGAUUUUGCAAUCCAAAAAUUCAAGUGAAUUACUAAAAAAAAAAAUAAGUGAAUAAUUUUUUUCUCAUUUUUCAGAUUUAAAAAAAUUGUUUUUUUUUAACAAUGACAUAUUUGGUGUUUAAUAGAAAAGAAAAGUGAAAGUUAAAAAAAAAAAAAUAAAUAAAAAUACAAAUUUAAAUAUUUUAUGGAAAAUGUGCGCGCGACUUUUAGCAUGUCCAUUGUGCUCUCAACCUGGUUUUCAUACUUUAGAUGCUUUGCGAAAUGGCCUCGUUAGCGUUGCAACACGACCACUCGCAUGUCCAGUUUGCAAUGAAAUUUUAUUGGGAAUUGAUAAAUUAACAAUUCAUUUAUUUGGACAUACAAUAAAUGCAAAUAAUUCAAAUAUAACGCAAAAUAUUAAUCAAAAUAAUAUUCAAAUUUUACAUAAUUUACAAACAAUUCCCAUUCAAACAUGGAAUAUUCUUAAAACACAAAAUAUACCUGAAAUUCAUGAGAAAACAACAUCAUUUGAACAUAAUGAACAAGAAUCUUCUUUUAUUUUAAAAGAUAAAGAAAUAAUUAUAAAUUCACAAAUUACACAUGAUAAUUCAAAUAAUGAAUCAAAACAACAAGGUCAAGUGAUAUUUCUUCAAAAUAUAAGCGAUCAAAUUUAUUCAACAAAUUGUGAAUAUUCAAAAAUUGAUGAAAAUUUAACACAACAAAAUAAUGAACAAAAGAAACAAAUUAUCGAAUCGUCUGAAAAUAAUCAAAAUUUAAUAUUAACAGAUUCGAAUUUAAACUCAAUGCAAAAUAAUUCUCUAUUGGAAAAUAAUGUAAAUAUAAUAGAAAAUAAUUUGAAUUGUGUUAAUUUAACUGAUUCAAAUUUAGAAACUUCUAAUUUACUACAAAAUAAUUCAAAUACAAUUCAAAAUGAGAAUUUAAUUCAAAAUUCAUUGCAAACAAAUUCCAAUGAUCAAAAUAAUAGUUUUAUUCAAAAUAAUAUGAAUUCAAUUCAAAAUGAUACGAAUUUUAUUCAAAAUUCAAAUCAAUUGGAAAAAAAUUUACAACAAAGUCAAGAAAAUUUUCUUCAAGAUACAACGAAUUUAAUUGUAAAUAAUUCAUCUCUAAUUCAUCAAAAUGAAAAAAUUCACAAUGUGGAAACAAUAGAAAAUUCAUGGAUACAAAAUAAUUCAUCAGUGAUUACUGUUAAAGAUACAGUUGAGAAUUUAGAUGAAAUUCAAGAAAUUACAAUUGUAAAUGAAAAUAAAAAGAAUUCCUAUCAAAUAAAAUCGAAUGAAAAUAAAUUGCAAAAUUGUGAAAUAAAUGAAAAAACACAAAAUAGAGAAAAAAUAAAUGAUCCAAUUUUACCUUAUUUAAAAGCAUUUCGUUUAUUGGCAUCGAAAGAAAAAACGGAACGUUGUAAUAUUUGUGGUUAUCGUUGUGAUGAUAGAAAAAUUUUAAUUCUACACAAACAAUUAGUUCAUAUGAUUGCCGAAAAAGAUAUAAAUGUUCGACCUGAGGAUUUAUUGAAAAAUUAUCCAUGUCAUUUAUGUACAAAGGUAUUUAAAAUGAGAGGUAGUUUAAUGGUUCACAUGAGAGUUGCACACACUAAUUAUAAUUCAGGCUGCCUGACAAUUGAUUCGGAAUUAUCACCAAAUAAUGAAAAUGGUUAUAAUUGUCCAAUUUGUGGAAAGAAUUUUAAAAAGGAACAACAUGUAACACAGCAUUUAAAAACUCACGAUGGCAAACAAUGGGAAUGUGAUAUUUGUAGUAAAAUGUUUACAACAAAAUAUUUUUUGAAAAAACAUAAAAGACUUCAUUCAGGCGAAAUGCCAUAUAAAUGUAAUAUUUGCGAUAAAACAUUUACAUUUCAACAAUCAUAUCAUAAGCAUAGGCUGUAUCAUAAGGAUGAUAAGCCACAUACUUGUAAUACAUGUGGAAGAUCAUUUAAGGAACUUUCAACUUUACAUAAUCAUGAAAGGAUACAUACGGGAGAAAAGCCAUUUGCUUGUGAAACUUGUGGAAAAUGUUUUCGACAACGAGUUUCAUAUUUGGUACAUCGACGAAUUCACACUGGAGUUAUGCCUUAUAAAUGUACAAAUUGUGGCAAAUGCUUUCGAUAUAAAGUAAGUCAAAGAACUCAUAAAUGUCAAACACCAGCAACAGCAGAGGGAUUAUCAUCGCAAAAUUCGGAAAUUUUAUUUCAACGUCUAUUGCAAAUUUCCGAACCAAAGGAAAAUGAAACACAAAUUGUUGAAGGAAAAUGUAGCGAACGAAAUAAAUUUAUUUUAUUAAUGAAUGAAGAAGGUGAACCAAUUUUACAACGACAAUCUGAUUUGAUUGAUAAUGCAAAAGAAAAAGAAUCGCAAAUUGCCGAUAAAGAGGAAAAUAAUUGGAUUCAAGAGAGAAAUAAUGUAAAUUAUAAAGUAUCAAUGAAAGAACAUGUUAAUACGGAAAAAUUACAAUUAGAAGUGCCACAAGAUAUAUUUUCAAUGAUGAUGUUACCAGAUGAAAAAGAUGUACCAACACCAUCAACUGAAAUGGAACAUUUGAGAUUAUCGAGUCCAAUUGAAAAAGAAAAUGUAAAUGAAAUUAAUGAUACAUUUUCAAAUGAUAAUCAAAAUAGAUUAGAAAUAAUGGGAAUAAGUCGUGGUAAUAUUCGCGAAAGAUUUGAAAAUAAUCCUAUUAUUAAUUCAAUGCGAACAAUAGAUGAUGCAUCAUUAAGUGAACUUAUUUAUGGAAUUGAUCAAGAACAAUAAUUAAAUAAAUCUUUUUUUUAUAUAAAAAUACAAAUAUUUUGUGUCUAAGAAAUUGUAUUCAAAGAAUAUUAAUAUAAAAAUAAAUUUUAUUGGAAGUUUCCAA